GGAGAGGAAGUGGCAGUGGGGCGCCGGGUGGAGCAAAGGUCCCGGCCGCCUGAGUCCCGCGUCUGGGCGUGACGGUCGUCCCGAAAGGCCGAGCCCAGUUUUUACCCUUUUCUUCUGUAAGCUGUCAACAUGACCCUGACAAAAGGUUCCUUCACCUACUCCAGUGGGGAGGAAUAUCGUGGCGAGUGGAAGGAGGGCCGCAGACAUGGUUUUGGUCAACUGAUGUUUGCAGAUGGUGGCACCUACCUAGGUCACUUUGAGAAUGGACUCUUUAAUGGCUUUGGGGUACUGACCUUCUCAGAUGGCUCAAGGUAUGAGGGAGAGUUUGCCCAGGGCAAGUUUAAUGGCGUUGGAGUCUUCAUUCGACACGACAACAUGACCUUUGAGGGGGAAUUUAAAAAUGGCAGAGUAGAUGGUUUUGGCCUGCUAACUUUCCCUGAUGGUUCUCAUGGAAUACCCCGCAAUGAAGGACUGUUUGAGAACAACAAGUUACUGCGGCGGGAGAAGUGUUCCACAGUGGUUCAGCGGGCCCAGAGUGCCUCCAAGUCUGCCAGAAACCUUACUGCCUGAUGGAGCAUUGGGCACCAGCCAGAAAAGUGUCGGUUAAAGCCAAUGCCCCCUUGUUCACUCAAGGUGAAUGAAUGAACCAGAUAUGAGAAUGAUGACAGAGCUGAAGCCUGUGAUAUGCCCCAUCACCCACCUGCCAAUCAGGAAUUUAAUCACAGGAAAGUACUGAGGAUUUUGGCCCAAAGACCCUGCAGCAGUUAGCAGUUCUGUCUUUCCCUAGCCCUUAUGUGCUAGAGGACAGAGGAGCUAUCUUCUUAUUUGUUGAUAUUCCUUGUUCCUGAGGCCUUGGGUUAGGUUACCCAGUGCAAACCUGCUGUGACCUUCAUUCCAUUUACUGCCAAGUGAUUCAGAAUCUCUUCAUUCUGCCUACAUUUGGGGCAGAUGAUUCUAGUCCUACUUUAGGGCCAGUGCUUUUUGCUGCCCUAGGAAAAUAAGGAAAAAGAUAGGGGUGGCUUAGGCAGUACAGUAAUUCUGUGAAAGUCAAGGCCAGAGCUUUUCUGUAUGUUACCCCCUCAUUCACUGCAGUUGGAGUCCUGGCUUCAGGCUCCCACUUCACCUGAUCAGACUGAUCUCUGUCUCUGCUUAUUCCCUCUCUGAAGCAUCUGUUGAAGUGCUGUUUUCUUCCCCCUGAACUUUGCAAGCUGUCUUCCUUAUCUGAGUUCUGGCAGAUAAUCCAAUCCCCAUUUAUGCUUCUCUCCUUAGAUGUCAGAGGAUCCUUUUAUGGGAAGAAGCUGACAUGAAAGUAAUCUUUUAACUUGUAUUUAGUAUUCAUUCCAGUGCAAAGGGCAGACCUAGUUAGGUCUCCCCAGAGUGACAUGAGUUCUAGGGAAGGCUUGGACUGACACAUUUCUUUCCCUGUGGGCCAGUGGAUCAGAACCACUACAACCCCUUGGGUAUAGGUAGACUGAGACCUAUCCUAGGACUACAGUGAAAUAACAGAGCAUUGGCUUCCCACAUUUGACUCUGUGUGACUCUUCCACUCUUCUCGGCGCUCAGGCCUGGGUCAAAACAUGGUGGGUAAGAUCCCUGCACAGUUCAUCUCAAGGCCUCCAGUUAGCCCAGGACCUGGACAUACCCCCCAGCUCCCAUCC